GACGGCGUUACUCGGCUGCUAUUUGUGUUUACGUAGUAUGGCGCACAUGUAGCGAAAAUGUUAAGAUGGAUUUCGACUCCCUGCUAGCCGAAUUGAGAUCUGCUGCAGACGACUUUAAGCAAAACCCAGCAGAUAAAAGCUUAUCUACUUCACUGUUUUGCCAGAGAGCAUGCAAGGCCAUUGACAAGGUGAAGGCAGAAGCUGAUACUUUUGAAAACCAGGUUAUUGGACUCUGGGUGAUUGUUGGCUAUAUCAAUGAGCUUAUUGUCCAGUUUGUAGAUGGACCAUUCUUGACUGAACUCUCCAACAAGCUAUUUCAACAAUGUGCACGAACAGUGCUGGACAUACAGUGGCAACAGCUGGACGAAGAUACCCCCAGCCGCCAGAAUUUCCAGGCAUCACUUGCAUCAUGUCACGACCAGAUGGUGCCACGUGGCUAUACCCGGUUUGGCCUGCUACAGUCACUAAUGGACCAACCCUGGACAGAGCCUACACUCUCACUGGUCAUGGGAAGUGAAGAAGACAAUGAAGAAGAAGAAGGACUUACAUACAUCAAGGGACAGGACCCAGAGAUCCUGAAACUGCGUGUUGAGUUGAUGCUUCAGGAAAACUGUGAUGAGUUUGCCCUUAAUCUUUGUACCUGGUGCCUCAAGCACCCUGCACUUGAGAAUGAUCUGUCCUUGCGGUGCAUUCAGGUGACUCUGCUUCAUCGCCUUGGCAAUGAAGACAGACUGCAAGAAGAGUGUCAGAAAAUAGGGGUGGAGGACAGCAUAAGGCUAAUAAUCAGCCUACAGGAAAAAGAAGAGGCUCGUGAACUGUGCACAGUGCUGGCUCAGACGGUACUUGUCCAGAACUGGAUCAAGCCUUCUAACCAUCAGAGCAAACAGAAGCUACUUCAUUUGUGGAUACAGCAGCAAUAUCAGGUGGACCGUGACCAUGAUAACUUCAUCACCAGUUUGUGGGCAGUGGCUAAACUAUCACCAUCCACUGAGCAGCUGCUUCACAUUAUUGAUGCUGUGAAAGAGCAGUGUGGCGAUGAAUUCAUCCAGUUUUACACAGACCUGUGUGUUUUUGCGCUGAAUGUGGACAAAGUUUAUUGGGAAAAAUUAGUCAAGGAAGGUGCAGCCACUGGUGAAGAGGCUAUGGCUCGUAAACGAGACAUGGCAAAGGUCUGCCAAAAACUAGCUACUAUUGUGGCUAAGGCAUCACCAAAAAUCUCUUUUUGCUGUGCUCUGACAGCCUUUGCACUCCACCCAUCAGAAGAUCUUCUGCAAGCAUUGUGUGAAUCCCAUGCUCGCAAAUCUCAUGCUGGUCCCACAGCCUCACAGAACUCUGUCACUGUAAAAGAAGAGGAGGUUAAUAUUGCAACACUGUAUGAGGUGGAACGACUUUGUGGCAUUUUGAGGCCAGCAUAUCUGAGUCCAGACAAUGAUUUCUCCAAUCUGUUUGCCAUGUGCAAACAGUACUUAAGAAAGGAGUCAGGCGAGGCUUCCAGACUGGGGCUGCCAGCACUUAUGCGAAGUCAGAAGAUAACUACCAAGUCAAUUCCAGCAUCGUCAUCAGAUGUAUCAGUUCAAAACAGAAACAACUUAAUGAGCAGUCUCUCUGCUGCAGGAAGACAGAUGCGAGAAAAUUUGUUGUUGCAGUCUGCAGGCAAUAUAGCAUUAACUCAAAAUAUUUCUGCAAAACCCAUGCAAAGCUUGGCCAUUUGUCAUCCAGCAGGUGUUGUUCAGGCACAGACAGUAAAACCCACAUCCUUGCAACAGCUUCAUCAGACUGUGCAGGCCAAGCCCCUGCUGACAACAUUGGUAAAGCCACAGCCGGCAGGUCAGACAUCACUGCAGGUGGCUAGCCGCCCAGUGACCUCAGUGGAGGUGAAUUUGGUGCAGCAGAUGGUGACAAAGCAGCUGUCACCAGACGUGAUUCAAACCCUGCUGCAGCUGGUGCAGUCUGGACAAAUUAGUUCUCAGCAGCUUUUACAGGUGUUGUCACACCCUGGUAUUUCUGCACAGACUCUACAUAAUUUGGUUCUUGGGGCUGGCAGUCAGCAAGGCUCAGGGCAAAAACUUGCAUCUCAGCAACAGCUGCAAACUCAGGCACCACAGAAGCCACCACAAAUGCAGCAGAUGCAGCUUCAACAGCAGCAGCAACAACAGCUUCAGCAACAGCAGCAGUUACAGCUACAGCAACAGAAAUUGCCAAAGCAGCUGUCACAGCUUCAGCUUCCCAAGAGCCAGGACCCACCCAAAGUGGGACAUACUUUUGUGCUGCAGUCCACAAUACAGCCUCAGCAAAACGUGGUGCAGCAACAGAGCAUGCCAAAGACACUGAAAAUAGAACAGCAUCAAGUGCAGCAGGCCACCGGCCUGGCCCACACCACCCUGCGACCCAGAAUCAUCAGUGGCCAGGUGGUUGUGCAACCAUUGCCUGGCACGCAGAGGCCAGAGAUUGUACAGCAGCCCAAGGUGCAGCAGCUACAGCUGCCACAGCACUUCCUGACAGGUGUACAGCAGAUUCGCCCCACUCUCACUUCCAAUGCCAGCAUCUCGACCUUGAGGGUGACUAAUGGUGGGCAGAUCCAGCCCAUGCACCUGAUGACACUUCAGCAGGCAGGAGCACAGGCUCUGAGUGAGCAGCACAAGGCCACACCUCAGCUUGUACUGCACAACACCUCACAUGUCAUCACUCACAUGUCAGGGGGAACAAUCACAGCCAUCAGAGAGCCUCAGCAAGUGGUACACCUUCAAUCAGCAGCUACUGAAGUUAAUGGAAGCAGUAUGGCUGUUACAUCACUUCAGCCAUCAGUUCUGACGCCACAGAUGAAAACCUCUGGUGCUGCUCCACAGGGUGUGGUUACAGUCUCAGCCACUGUGGCACCUCCAAGCACUACCAGCUACAGUACCGAUGGAAAUCGUCAUUACUUAAUCAACAAUCUUCUGUUCACAGGAGAAACUCAGAAUAGUACUUUGUCUAUAGCUCUUCCUGACACUCUACCAGAGAUCUCUGUUGACAGUGUGUCGGACACCCUGCGUGCUCUGGGGGAUCCCUCUGCUAGCAGCCAACCAAGAGGAUCCAAGGUAUCAGCUUCACAAGUCAUGGUGGGCACUGCAGGUGUGGCUGCAUCUGGGCAGCAGCAACCAUCACAAGCUCAGGCACUUCCAUCAAUUGCCACUCUCUUUGCACCUAAUCGUCCGCCCCAAACAUUUCCCGCUCCUGCAGUUCUGAACAGUGAGGAUAAUGUCCUGAAAACAACAGUACCUGUUACAAUAGCUGCCAGCAGCCCUAUAGCAAUGGUAAGGGUGCAGAAAAAGACUGGAAGCGACAGGUCACCUGGUAAAGGCAACAAGAGGGAUAAAGAGAGUGACACCAAGGCAAGCCAACUGUCUAAAGAGGACUUGACGAAGUUACUGAGACAGGCCAUGACCCUCAAUAUGGACAAAAAGCAAGAAAGCAACACUGCCAUGGGGCCGUCCCACUAUCUGCAUCUGCCUGGGCAUCAAGUGACUUUGACAUCACAGGCAAAGACAGGUGUGAACACUGUUCAUGUCCAGCCCCAGCCUGCUUCACAACUUCAUUUGCAUGUACAAGCUAAUCUGCAACCCAAGACAGCAAGCCAAACACAGGAGCUGUUGAGACUGCAGGCAGUACCAUCAUCUGCUUGCCCAGGACCAGGUUUUAACAACAGCAACACCCAGCAACAGCGUGCCAACAUAGUUCUGCAGUCCCAGGUUCUCCAACAGUCUCACAGUUACGGCACCAGGCCAGGACCUCUUCCCAGCAGCAUCUCGCAUCUCCAAACCUCAUUGCAGAACACUGUGCCUAGGCUUCAGACCACUGUUGUUCUUUCUUCUGCUAGUUCAAGAGUAGGACCUUCAGGGGCAGCUCCAGAUACUACGGAGCCAAGUCGUGUCAGCAGUUCUGAGGUGACUUUAGUCCCAGGUUCCAUUCAGUCUGUGCCUUUUGAUUCACAGGCUGGGCAUGUACCCAUCAGUGUUAAUGUCACUGCCUCCAGCCAUCUCCUCCCUUCGCCUAAAGUUGAGCUGUUGAUGGUAGAGCAUCCUACGACACACAACAUAACUAAAACCUUGCCCUCAUACCCUGGUUACACCAGUACCUUGAGUGCUGCACCAAUAGUAACGGUCUCAAAAGUUUCUGCUGCAUUUCCUCCAUCCUCCACCUCCAGUGUGCAUGUGCUGACCUCUGUGUCAGCUGGCAACAAUCAGUUAUUACAUGAGAAGACACAGAGUACCUUCAACAUAGAUUCUUCAACACCGAUGACUGCAACUGGUUCUGCUGAGACCAUGCCAAAGACAUGUCUCAACCAGGAAUACCCUGAUUUACCAAAAGAGUCACAGCAGCAGAUUAUUCAGUCUGCCAUAGGCACUGCUGCAAAUGAGGAAGCAGUUACCAAACAGGUGGAUUCAGAAGGGGCUCCCUCUAGUACAAUAGAGCAGGGGGGCAUUGUAGUUGAUAACAGAAGUGGCGAGUCAUCCAUUGCAACCUACCGUUGCAUCAUCUGUUCCAAAGCGUUCAUGACACUGGAUGCCCUUCGCAUUCACGUGAAGCAGAUCUGCCGACCAGGCAUGCACCAGCCAUCUCUGGGUGACCGCAUGGCCCUCAACAAAGCCCAAGCUUUGGAAGCAGGGCUUGAAACCAGCACAGUCUUCCAGUGUAUGAGAUGCUAUGAGCUGUGUAUCAGUGAGUCAGGUAUUCGUGAACACAAGCUAGUCUGCAGCAAAGCCCCCAAGCCCAAAUCAAAGCCAAAGUCUCGAUCCAAGCCAAAAUCACCUAAAGUGUUGUCUGAAGAAGAGCAGGCUACUGAAGCCAAAGUUUUAGAGUUGCUGAACAAAUGCCUAGGGGAGAAUAGGGAAAAACUUCUGAACAGUGAGGCUUCAAGUCCCAAGAAAAAGCAGGGAGGAGACCAAGAAGGCUCAGAAGAUAAUGAAGCAAAGAGGAAGAAGAAAUUGUCAAAAAAGAAAUUCUCUGUCCCAACAGAAGAAAAGGCAGAAGAACAGGCUGAAAAUGCUGAUGGGGCUCAGGCGGCAGAGGCUAAUCUUAAGCCAAAGAAACCAAAGAAAAAACCUGAGCAGGGUGAAGGAAGAGAAGAGUCUGCAUCGCUUGCAGAUUCAGGUAAAGGAUUGUUAGAGAACAGAGCCAUUGACUCGAGUCUGCCCCAAACAGAGACUCCUAAACCAAAGCCCAAAAGAAAAUACUAUCCAAAAAAGAAGACAGCAUCUGCCAAUCCUUCACCUGCUGAAGGAGAAGCUAAAGUCUCAGAUAAACUCUCUUUAGAUAAUGAAGGGAAAGAAACGGAGAAAAAAAAGAGUUCCCGUAAGCCAAAACCGCCAGCUAAUCAAAAGCCUAGGUACAAGGAGGUGUCUGGGUCUUGUGGAAGAAGUUUUUACAAGUGUUUGAAUUGUGGGCAGACACUAUGUUCUCUAGAAAACUUUGCAGAUCACUGGACAGAGUGUAUUGCAAAGAAUCCACCUCCUCCACCAAAACCUCGCAGAACCUCCAAAGACAGGAAGGUGCUUCUGCCCAGAGCUCAUAUUGAUCCUGCAGGAAAAGCAUUGAAUGAAGAGAAAAAGGACACUGGGAUGUCAUUGACAUCAAACUUGCCAAACGAGUUGGAUAAUGCCUGUAAGUCUACAUUGAUCACAACAGAUGAUCAUGAGAACACUGAUUUAAAACAAGUGUUUCCAAUGAGAAACCUUACUGAAACAGAUGAUAACCUGGCAUCACAUUAUGUCAAAGACUCUUUUAAGUUGUCUGCAGCAGAAAUGGGAUCAUUUCAAAAAGUAUCUCGUAGGGGCAGUUGUGAUCUUCAGAAAAUCUUUGGAGACACACCUGUGGUUGUUGCACCUGAUGACAUGGAGGUAGUGAGCGAAUUAAAUGUGGAGACAACCACUGAAAUUCAGGAGAACUAUCCACAGGUGAAAGAUCCUGUUGUCUUAUUAGAAAAAGUUGAUCUGCCCGAAAGACUGCAAUGUGUCAACAUCAAAGUAAAAUUUGGCAGUGAUGAGAUGGAAAGCUUUGAAAGCACAGCCUUUACAGAGAGCAGCAAUGACACUUUAGAGUUCCCAUUGCCAAAACAUACCAAAAAACAAGUCCAUGGGCAGUUAAGAGCACCCAUAAGGAAAAAAUUGAGCAAAUGGAGUGAACAGUUUUCUCGUAAAAAAAACUGCAACCUAAAAGGCAGCAAAAGUUGGCUUAAGGUAGAUUCUUCCCAUUCCAAAUUUAACAGUGCCUGCAUCAAAGCAAAUAGCAUUCGCAAAGCUGCAGUGCGUCUUCCCAAGACUUCCAAGUCAUCAGAGUCAUAUUGUAGCUUGUGUCAGAAAAACUUUCACAAAAAACAGAUUUUGAUCCAGCACUUUGCAAGUAAGCAUCUACAUCCAUAUACUGUAAAAAAAAUGGGCGAUACAUCCUCCUAUUUCUGUCACCUGUGCCAGAGGAUUUUCUCUCAGUUUUCCCUUUAUUUGAGUCAUGUGCCUAACCACUCACAGGCCAUUUUAAAGAAAAUUCAGGACAUGAGUUCAGAAGAGGCUGUAAUUUCACCUGGGAGAAGCCGAAGGAUUGCCUGCCAGAGGGGUGUUCUUGGACAGAGCUCAUCAAGGCAUGGUCGUACAAGCCCUCGGAACACCGCUCACUCAGAGACGUUGAAUUCAGAUUCAGUACUAAGAGAUGUGCAUAAAUCUACAUCUAAGAGUUCCAAUUCAGAUGCAUCAGAUUGUUCUUCAGAUGUUUCCUUAUCCACAUCUUCUCAGAGCAAGUCUAAUAAAAAGUUAGCUAGAGCUGCCCAGAAGCAGGCCCUUAGCAAAAUUUACAUUGGGACUUUAGGUAUUUAUAGUCAAGGGGAAGUAUUUCAGGAGUACAGCAAGCGAAAAGCUUCAGCUGAUGAUCUUGAGUUCGAUAGCAGCUCAAAUUCCAAAACAUUGAAAAGGAAGAAAAAAGAGACUGCAUACGAUUCAAAUAGAGGUGUUGAGACCUCAGAUGGUGAUGGAGGCGAAAUCCCAAGUGGUGAUGAUAUGGAUGACUUAUGGGAACCAGUGGACUCAGGUUCAAACUUAACAGAACGCAGCUGCAAAGUACUCUCAGAAGCUAGUGUUGGUGAUGAAAAGUCCAACAUAUUUCACAUUGCUCCUGAAAUGAAGGAUGAGGAACAGGGAUUAAAACCUUUGCCUGGUGCAAGUAUCACAAGCUUGCCGCCUUCUUCCAUCACCUCACCUGUUUCUUCUCCAACCUCAGGAUCAACUAAAAAGCCAACAUUCCUCGACUCAUACAUGAGUUACAUCAGUAGAAGAAGUCCAGAAGAGCCUUUACCUUUAAACCGCUGUAGAAAGAGGUAUGCAAGUGCUGGAAAUAGGCAAGAGGAGCCAACGGCCAUUUCAAUUACUCAGAGGCGGAGCAGUUACGAAGUGCAUCAGCUUCCAAGCACAUCACGAGCAGUUUCACCGAGAACCACUUCUUUGCGAACUUGUCAGGUUCAGUUGCAGAAAGUACCUGGCCAACCCUUGAAUCCUGGCGGUACAGGUGUUUUGGGGAAGAAUUCGUACUCCAGUAUAGAUCUGAGAAAAGUGUACUACAUUGGCAAUCUGGAGCAGCAACUCAUUCAAAAGUGCAGCGUCAACCUUGGGAUCAGAAUGAACCCGAGUGAAAUAGAACGACUAUCCAAGCCCUCUUCAGACGGCGCUUCCCAGACACAGGUUGACAAAGACUUUAGGAUUACUCAGCGAGAACUGUUGAUGUCAAAACCAGUAAUUAUGCUAGAAAAGCUUAACAUGCAAGACAAAGCAGCAAAAAGUGCCACAAAGGAUUCUGCAGAAAACAUGCCAUUAAAAACAAAUUCAGAAGUGGAAUCGCUUAUCUCUGGGGAUAACCAUGACCUUGAAGACUCUUGCAAACAGACUAAAAUCCAGGUGAAUGUUAAUGUUGGACUUUUCACAGAUGUGUCAUCAGAACUGGUGAGCAGACCUGUCUUGUUGAGCCAGAAUAGCAACUUAGAAGACCAGUCACCAAAAGCUGCUGUUUUUCUAGCAUCAUCCUGUCUCUCAAAUAAAUUUCAUGCAGAAGACACAGUAACUACAUCCCUGGUUACCCAAAAGGAGGUAAAAGCAUCAGUUGACAAUCAGAUAGAUAUGGUUCAAGGAGUGGCAUCCCUUGAAACUAAAUCAGAGAACACAGAGCAACAGCUAGGUUUCCUUGCACCUAGAAUUUAUUCAAGCGGUAGAAAGGAUGCACCAGGCCUGUCUCUAAUUCCAGAAGAUUACCCAGAACCAGUUCUGCCUGCCGAAACUAAUCCAGAUCAUGAAGUUUUAACACAUGGUGCUUCAGAAUCAUUCUCAGUUAUUGAUCGAAACAAGGAGGAAUACUUGUCUAAGACUUCAGAAGUGACAAAAAAGGAGGACAUAGUGGAGGAAAGUAAACCAGUUUGCACUGAGGAAGUAGCAAAAGGUACCUGGGACAUGAACAAAAUUGUUUUAGAAAGCUCAUUAGUGUCUGAUCACGAUCAAAACCUCACGGUAAUGGGAGCACAAGAUGCCCUGAAGAUAAACAAGGAGGUUAAUGAUUUGUGCUCAGCAGAGCUGAGUUCUCUGUCAGUGGUAUCAAGUGUGGUUUCUGGUUUCCCAGAUAUGUUGGAUGCAACAGCAUCAGCAGAUACUCAUAUUGCUGUAGGUUAUAACAACAGUGAACUAAAUUGUGUGGAACAUGGGAACAGUCAUAAAAAUGAAACCCAUCAGAAAUCUUACAACACAUUGCCAAGCAAUAAAAAUCAGCUGGCUCUACCUGCAUCUUGCGUUUCUGCCAUUCCUAGCUUUUCAAACACACCUGAGUCUCCAAAUGUACAUGAGGAUGUUGUCAGAAUGGUGGACAGGGACGAUGCAAAGGUAGAUGAUGUUUACUUUGAUGCAACGUCAGAGGCAUCUAACAGUCUUUCCUCACAAAUAGCAGAGCAGGUUCAGCCUGUCAUUGUGGUCUGUCCCGAUAGUCCAGCACCUUCAGACUGUGUGGAUGUUUCAUCAGAGGCAACUGAUGGCAUCCAAUUCAUCACUGAAAGAAAUGCAAAGCUAGUGGCUGACCAAAAGGUUAGUUUAGAACUACAUGUUUCUUUUGUUUCACACAAUGAUGCCUCACAGUUAGAUGGCAGUUUAAAGCAAGGGAGAGCACCCAGUAAUGAGUUUCUAGUGAGUGUUGCAGAGGACCAGACUGUGAUGGACACCUUAGAAGGACAAGAUCCAGCCGUGUCCGUGGGAAAUAUUGGAGAGUUUUCACUAGUGUCAUAUUCUGACUCAGAAGAAGAAUCUGAAAAUGGCAGUAAGCAUUCUGCAGAUCAAAAUAGCAUGCAGGUUUUUAGCAAACUGACAUCCUGCAAGAAAAAAAUAUUUGAUACAAAGACUCCGGUCAUUAACCCAUCCAACUCAGAGGGCCUAGGCUUAGAAGCAUCAAAAAUCACAGCUUUGUGUAAAAAUAAUGAAGAUUUUCCAAAAAUAAUUGACUCCACUGUUCAGCUGUUCUCUUCUGGCAAAGAGCAGUACAUAUGUGAACCAGUGUUACAGUCUGAUUCCACCCCUGUUGGGACAGAUUCCUUGUGUGUAUCAGAAUCUGAACCUUGUGCUGGUAGUGAUCAAAAAGCUGAGAGUUUGGAAGCAGAGGUAAGUUGCAUGGAUGUGACAGUUGAGAAUUUAGUCCACUCAGAGCAUCCAGGCAUCAUGACCGAUGCAUUGACAAAAGUGAGUAGUGCUCAGCCAGACUGUUUGCCUGACCUAGAAGCAGAGAAAGUGGAAGAGCUGAAAACAGUUGAGGAUGACCUGUUAUCAGAUGUUGAAGGUCAUCCUGCAAAACUUGAAAUGCUGCAUAACCCCAUGCAGCCCAGAGAGAGUGAAGAUCUUGGAAAUAUUGAAUCUGGCACUCCAGCCUUGAGUUACAAACCUGGUUUGAACACAAACAGGAAUGCUGACACAGCUGAUCGUUUUCCAGAGGAUGUGUCUGAUAAACAAGAUGCAAGCAAGAACAGCAUCUCUCAGCUUGUGCCAACUGUUUUAAGGGAAUGUAGUGAUGCGCAACACUGCGUAGCAGAACAACCAGACACAGGACUGGGCACUGAUGUAAGUCCUUCACUUGGCUAUAUAGUGCAGCAAGCAGUGAAAGUCUCUGAAGGUGAGGAACAACCAGGCAACAAGAUUGACACUGCUCUGUGCUCAGGCAGCACAGACAAUGCUGUUGAGAUGGAACAAUUUGUUGUCUUCGACUUCCAAACAACUGAAGAUAAGGUAAAAGAUUCCACUAGUCAUGUAGCAGUGCUUGCAAAUACAGUGACUUCCUCUUUAGGAUCAGGAUCUGUUUUUUUGAAGACACCAGAAAUCCAGACAAAUGUAAGCAUUGGUGGAAAAGAGUGCAAAAUGUCGGCUAUUACAGAUAGAUUUUCAGGAAAGUAUUCCACAGACUUGGAAUUUAGAAAGCUAGAUGUAGAAGAUGAUGCACCAGAAAAGAGCACAGUAUCAAAGGUAGCUGUAAAUUCUGAAACUGAAAUCCAUGAAGGUGUUGAGAGAGCUGACUGUAGAUAUGACAUUGCAGAGGUUGAUAAUAACAUAACUCCGAAGACUGAUGAAAAGCCUCACAGUUUAUCUGUAGAACACUUUGUUCAUGGGAAAUCUAAAUGGACGUCUCCUUCCGAAACUUUGUCAGAUGUGGAUGACAAGACUUUCAUGUCUUUAGAUGCAAAAAUGCCUGACAACCAGCAAAGUAAAUUAGUUACAACAUUUUUGAACAAGUUUUCUUAUCAGCAAGAAAAGCAAGCUGAGAGAGAGGUCUGCGAUGACAACAACCAGGAGUCUUGUAGAUUUGAGAUGUCAAGGUCUAGUGACAGGAAAGACGUGAUGGAGGCAAGCAAUAAGAGUGAGGCAGCUUCAGCUGCUGGCAUUGAGAAAGACAGGAAUUAUGACAGUGAACUGCAUAAAGCAGGUGAUCAUGUCAGACUUCUAAGUGAAAUUCAGCAUUCCUCUUAUCCCUGUGAACUUGGAGGGAUGCCUGUGGACCAGUCAGUGUACUUUGAGAACCCUACUUCUACUAACAGUCUACUAAAUAAGAGCCCUGUGGUGUCUGCUUCCUCUGACCAGAGCCCUACUGAUUCAAAAUCAGAUAAUGAUUUAUGUAAGUCAUGUGGAGAGAUCGGUAACUCUGUUUCAGUGGAGUCUUUAGGAAAUGGCGACUCUUCUUCCUUGGGCAUACAUGAUGGUGCCACAGCAUCAGGUGAGAUUAACUCUCAGACAUCAAACGAAACAAAAGAUUACCACAUCACAAGCCAAACAUAUGAUGCUUCAGUAUCAGGAAUGUUUGUACCUGAAAUGAGUGAAACUGCACUUUCUGGUGUGUGCCAGGAACUGGCAGAACCACACAAAGAGACUGGCAAGCCUUCUUCUGAUGGCUUAAGUGGUAAUGUCACAGAUUUGGAUGAGGUUAUUUCCAUACCAGCUGUGGAAAGUCAAGACUUUUCCCUUUGCCCAAACCUUGAUGUUGGCAAAUCAAGGGAGGCUACAGCUGUUUCAGGUGACAAGCUGAGCAUUAGUGCAGAAUCAAAUAGCCAAAUCUCUCUGUCAUGUCAAGAAGAAAGAAAUCUCCUAUCUUCUAGCCAAAGCCAUCACAGCAUACUUAGUGGCAGCACAGUGUCUGAGAUUUCUGGAGAUAAGUUUACAUUGAUGGAAACGUGCUCAGGUUUUUCUACACCGACACAUGAAAAUAUCUUAGUGUCAGAUAAAAAUGCUUCUUUCUGUGGCAUUAUGUCACUUCCUGACCAUUUGUCAGCAUCAGAUGUAUAUAGCAAAGCUACUGAUUUUACAGAAAGCCAUUCUGCCAUGGGGUCAACUGGGAACAUUCUUAAUCCAGGUGAGACUGAAACUGCUGUCAAAGAUCUCAACAGUCAGCUUGUGAUGUCAGAUAGAAUUUUGUCUGAAUCAGAUGAGGAAGUCAAACACCUGAUUUUCACAGACUCUGAUUAUGAACAGGCAAUAUCCGAUGAAGAGGAGAAAGCUCCUGUUGCCACAGUGAUGCAUGAUCUUCUCAUGGCCAAACCCAGUGAAGUGACUAAAGAACCUGACAUGAAGGGUGAGAUAUUAACUAGGUGUUGCAGCAAUCUUGAAGACCUUGCCUUGGCUUGCCACAGCUGUCGUCUUCGUGCUGAAUCUACAAGUGACAAAGUUUCCAUGUCACAAAAAGAAUUUAACGAUUUUGCCUCCUCCAGUUUAAGUACAAGCAGUAGUACAACCAGUUUGCUUACAACAGUAGAAGGAGCAUCAUCAGUGGAACUGUGCACAGAGUUUGAUGGUGCUGUAAAUCAGCUGAAACAUGUAGAUGAACAAGAGAUAGCAGAAGACUCUGAUUUGCAACACACUCAGCACACCCACAGACUGAGGGAUUCUCAGAGACAAGCACUGUACAUAACUUCAACAAACAGCCAGGAAGUGAGAAAAGAUCAUUCACGUUCACAAAUAGCAUCCACAUCAGGAAGGGUACUUCGGAGUGCUUCUGCUGCAAAUUUGACUCGAACAAAAGACACAGCAAAGACAGUUCCUGACGACAAAGGUGCAAAAAAGCUUGUCAGAACAUCAGCUUCAGCAACACCUGCAUUAGCUGACACAAAGAAGUUGGGAGCUCACUGCAGUCUAGGCAGUUCCAAAACAUCACCAAAUCAUUCAUCGUCAAGUCCUGAAGGUUCUCCCAAACAUAUGAUUCGGAAUCAGGCUGCAGCUAACAUGCAGAAAAGAAAACAGACAGAAGAUUCACCUGAGCAGGACCCAGACAGUCAGCUCCCUGAACUGUGCAUUGUCACGGAACCCAGGCAGCGAAGGCCAACCUUUAAGUCAAACAUUGCAGAAGCAACCACUCCUACACACUGCACAGUGUCAGGAGAGAGUAAGCUCAGCGUGCAACCCAGUGAUGAUACAAACACUGUCGUUUCCACCGUAAUGAGUGCCCAUGAAGUGAAGAUUAACAUGCUUCAAAGCGGCAACAAAAAGCAGAGGUCAGACAUGUCCCAGGUAUCAAAGACUUACACCGUUGCCAAGACCCAGAAGGUUGAGCUGGACCCCUGCAAUGUGGCAGAGACAGAAGAGUCUAGAAAACCACUAAAAGGGGUGAGGUCAUUGCGACAGCUUAUUCAUCCUGAGCCAUUUGUGUGGGAAAUGGAUGACAUUGAGGAUCCCAGCAAGCAAGCUCGAAAUGAGCGGUCACGGAGAGCCUUCAGGAAGCAAGUCAGUGUAGCACCUUUCACUUGGGACAUGGAUGAGGCAGAGCAGGAUGGUUCCUAUGGCAGCAUGAAACAUACGAACACUGGACGAGGAAAGGCAGGCCCAGAUGCCAGUGAAUAUAGGCAGGAGGGAAAAAGCAUAUCAUCUAGAUCUGCACAAGAAACUGAAAGAAUGAUCUCUGUUUCAAAAUCACAACUCAAACAGUCGUCAGGAUUUACCACACAGUCCGCAUCUUCUAAGGAGCAAGAUGCUCAUUCAGAUUUAGCAAUAGAGAAGAACCUUUCCAGAAACCUUGCCUCCAAGAAAAAAGGAAUUCCAUUAUCUUCAUCAGCAUCCAUAACUGAACAGUCACUUUCCAGUGUAAGCCAUACAGAGAUAAAGCAGAAACAUUUGGUGACCACAGAACAGUUGGUUCCAAACAAGAGACAAGCUGUUCUCAAACCAAAACCAGGAAACUUUGAUUCACUGACAAAAGCUGAGUUGGAUGAGUCCAACAGAUUAAGAUCUGCAAUCACUCCGAUAAGGAAAGGUUCUUUGGAGACCCAUUCCAGCAUGAGUGUAUGUGACAAUGUGUUAGAGACUGUGCCAUCAAGAGAAUGUAGCAAAAUCAAAGAGAGUGAAGAGCUGAAAGGACAGCCCAACACGAGAUCGAUGCGUAAACGCAAGCUUUCAGGUACUUCAGAAAUAAAGAGCAGCUCUUCUCCUCCUAAGAGACCGGCAGAAGGGGAAGGAAAACAGAGGAUGAAAUUAGAAGAUGCAGAGGAAGGGAACAGAAAAGUUGCAUCUCAGGAAGUAGACUCUUCAGGCUGUGCCAAGUCACUCAGGAGUAAAGAUAGCUCUCCCAGCACAGACAGUCGCACAAGGGUGCACAGUAGAAACAGCAUGGUUGAAGGCCCUGUAUCUGGUGAUAGCAUCCAGGAGAAAGAUAUUUCCCAUGUAGCUGAUACUGGCAGCAGCAACAGGACAAUGCAGACCAGAGGUGCAGCAACACAUUCAGAAAUCAGAAGUGUUGUGAAGUCCCUGCGCAGCAAAGAAGUGGUAGCAGAUGUCCAUGCAUGCUCCAGCGCAAAAGUAGGUCAUAGUACCUCACACACUUUUGAUGCAGAUCCUGUCAAAGGGAAAUUACUGAGCAGCAAAGAAAACAGUGCAGAUCAAGACUCUCAAAGCAGCAUCAGGUUGCUGCGCAGCAAAGAAAGCAGCCCUCUUUUGGAUAAUCAUGGCAGCAGUGUGCUAAAUAAGGAAAAAUCUGGAUUCUCAAGUCCUGCAGCUAGUGCAAGAUCUCUGCGUCUGAAAAAAAAUGGUUCUGAUGUGGAUGUUAGGACUGAAAGUGUUGCAGGAAGUGAUGGUAAUAGUGGAAUUGAGCCGCUAGUGAACAAAGAAUGUAGAAUGGACUUGGGAAAUAAAGACAUCAAGGUACCCUCUGCUGACAGCAGUUUAGACUCGUCCAGCAGCGGUGCCAGAGUACACCGAACUAGGCAAAUCAGUGGAGAUGUGAGCCUCAAAGCACAAGUCAAAGAAAGCUCUUUCACCACAUUUUCGGAUAGUGUGAUAAACGAGGUGUGGGCCAAGGAAAGCAUGCCUAUGGAACAUCGUGGAAGUGUGCGACAGCCAAACACUGAGAUUAUUUCUCCAGCCAAAGCACUGCGAUCAGGAGUAACAAGGGUCAUGCCUGAAAGUGCAGGCUCCUCAUCAUCUCAGUUGCGCAAAGACAAGGUGGAGCAGGUGACCCCAGAAUUACUGAGGAAAGAUCGAGUGGACAUAGCACAGCUGCAGGCAGAGGUGCACUCAAGGAGGCUGACAGCUGCAUCGCAUGUACCUACCCCGACGGCACAGGUGCGCUCUCACCGCAGGAACACCGAGGCAUCAGGAGAACCCUUGAGAGCGAUGGUGCGACGGCGUCCUAAACCUUCGCUAAGCACCACCAUGCCCAUCACCAUGCCCAUUAUCAAGAAGCCUCGCACCACACUUUCACAUGUUCACCAGGUGGAGGUUAUCAGAGUGGAGCCUGUGGUGCCAGCUCAGAGCAAUGCUCGCCGCACCCGCUCACAUGAUCGUGACCCUUCACCCCAUACAGUGCACACGCGUAUCUCUGCAGAAGAAUACCAAGCCUCAUCAUCGAAGAAAGCUGCAGUAAAGACGACUGACCAGAAAUGGCUCAUGAAUCGCUGCAUUGCACCUUCAUCUCGCAAGGGAGUGCCUGAGCAGCGGUUCCCAUUUGCAUUCAAGCUGGCUCGUGGCCGAACUCAGACUAAAUAAGCCCUUGGCCCUGCCAUAUUCUGUUCUGUAGGAUGUGAUUAUAAAUGAGUUUCAAAACUUUAUUAUGCAUUCAGACAUUGUAGAUGAUGUUCAGUACAUCACAUGCAAAAUGCAAGAGUGCGGUUGAAUGUUUAAAGAAAGUCUUCAUGUUUCUGUCUCAGUGGGGUCUUGACUUCAUUUCUAGUAUAUUUUAUAAAUUCUAGUAAACUUAAGGUGCUGAAAGAACAUUUCAUUCCACAUCCACACAUUAUGCUUUACUGUGUAGUUAAGAACAGCAACUCUCUGUCUUGGAUGGACAUCAAGAUCAGAAAUGCUGCAACAAUAUAGUUUUGUGCAGCAAAAGUUAAUUAAGACCAAAAAAAAAGUUAUUCUAUGUUGAUGCCCAAAAUGUUUAUAGUGUCUUCAUUAUUUCUUGGUGCCUUGGUCUAUCUUGAAAACAAGUGUUUAUUGAAAUAGUUUAUAUAAAAUAGGUUGGCAUUGUUCGUAAAUACUUUCACAAUCAUAAUUUUAGUUUGCCAAUUAAUAAAGCAAGAAACCUACUAAUUAAUGAGUAAAAGAAAUGAAUCAAAUGAUUACUUUGCUGACUUAAUACUGAUGACAGCUUUGCGUUAUUUCUGGUAUUACAUAAAACUUUCAACAUAGAACGUGUAGUUCCACUACAGACUAAAUGUUUUAAUGAUUUGACUGUUUUCAGUUGGGGUGUUAUUGACACAACAUACCUACACUUCAUUGCAUAAGCAUUAGAAUACUAAAAGACUAUGUAUAAUCAUUGCCAUUAGUAUAUUUUGUCAAUAGAUAUAUUUGAUGGCUUAAGUUUCAGAGGCUGAGUAAGCCAUUGGGCCACUUUCAUGUUUUGAAACAUGUUUUUUGUUUUGUUGCAAACCUCCCAGUCACCCCUUUUCAACACAAAGAAAUAUUAUGUACUCAUUUCUGUGUGCAGUAGGUAAAUGGAACAAAAGUGUUCAAAGCAUCACAGAUACUUCAUGAUGUGCAUGUGCUGGCAUGUGUAUACGAUGUGCAUGCUUGCAGAAAUUGCAUUUGCAUAUCUAUGUAUAAAUUUUUUCCUGCACUUAUAUGUAUAUUACAGGCAUUAAAACCUCCUUGUUUCAUAUUUUAUGCACUCUUCAAAGCAAACGUAUGCAUAAAGUGUAAAAUAUUUCCCUAUUUGAUUUGUGUCUUUUUUUUAUAUAUUAUUUAAGGCUAUUUUGCCUUGAAAUUAGACAUUCCUUUUCUCGCUUUGUAAAAUACAGUCAAGGCAGUAAUUCAUCUUCUAGUUCUUAAUUUUAUCUUAAUCUAAGUUUCAUCAUUUACAUUUUUCUACCACAGCCACCUUAGCCAUCUCUUAGUUAAGGCUGAAUCCUGGAAAGCAUAGAUAGUCAACAACAUAGUGUCAUGCUAACUUUCCGGGUGAGCACACACUUGAGUUGUCAUUUGCGGAUUAAGAGCUUGCUUUACGAGGACACACUCAUGGAGUUUCUGUUUGGAAAGGGUUUCUAAAUGAAAGUUGUUCCUCUUACAUGCCAUUAGCAGUGUAGGCUUGAAAUAGAUUUAAACCAUUCUUAACCCAGCUUCUCAGCCAUGAUAGUCUUCAUUUAGUCCCCUUUCUUCUUUUAUGAUAUUUGUGUAGUGUCUAUUUUUCUGAAGACUUUUAUCAAAUAAAUUGACAAAAUAAGUUAUGUACAUACUUGCAAAAUUCAAAUCUCCAUUUUUCUCUAUUUAUAGAAAAUGCUAUGGGAUGAGGGUGACUGUUAAGAUUUGAACGUUAUCUCUGCCCUCAUGGGGCUUUUGGUCACACCACAUUAACGUGAUAGUAGUUGGAAUUGUGCGGAAUAUAGCCUAGGUCAAGCGGGUUACAGAAUAUGCUAUUUCAUGGGAACAAAAAUGUUCAGUUUGGACGUGCAAAAAGAAAUAGAUCUGAUAGCUUUGAAUGUAGAAAUGCAGAUGCAUUUUGAGUGUUUUUAUAUCCUUUCUGCACCUAUGGGGUCAAGAGAGGAUGUAAUUUUAGUUUUUUUCCCCCAUUGCCAUAUUCUGCUUCAUGUUACCAUCAGUUCUUUUGCAUCCCUUCUUAAACUAUUUUAUAUAAUCGCAUACCUACUACCAGCACCCUUAUUUGUAUUUAAUCCCUUUAAGCAAUUGAGUCAACACAAAUAUGCAAAUGCUGAAAGGGCCUUGUUUGAAAUUCAGAACUAGCAAUAACUAUGGUCAGACUUUUGGAAAAUGUUCAUCUUUUUGUUUAAAUGCACCUGUGAAUUGCAGAACCAGUAUUCUUGGACAUAAUAGCCAAGAGAAUUUUCCUUUUUUUGGUAUUUAUUCGCAGGUAUGCCUUACCCUGAUUUGUUCAAUCUUUAUUUUGUCACAGCAAGUUUAUUUUCCUUUAGUAUGUUACUGAAACUUUGUGUCAUUGCUAUCACCCUGUACAUAGUUUAACCUGUUGAAUUCAAAAAAUGAAGCCCCAACAGAUGUAAGUAAUGUUUUUAUAACUUUUGCUUUUUUUUUUUUCCUUCAUUUUCCUGGUAGUUAGGAAAUUUAAAACUUUUCUUUAGCCCCAAGUAUGGAUGUUUAUUGUUAGUACCCAGUGUCUGUGUGGAUGUGCAUGCUCUUGUGUACUUGCAUAAAAGAGAAAAGGACUCACUUGGUGGGAUGUCAUGUGUAAGAAUACUUUAAAUGGCAAGAGCACCUACUAAAAGUGCCAUUAGUCUUGUGUGACAGUUCCCUACACUGGCAAACAAAACAUUGGUCACUGCUGUUUUCUCUUCAAACCUUAUUAUCCAUUGUACAGUCAUAUCCAGGAUUACCUUCUUAUCUUUUACACUAAAAUGUACAAGACAGCUAAAAUAGUUAAAUGUCAUUUGACGAACUUAGGAUGAGUAAUUUUUUGCCAACACAAAAUAGGUGGAAUUUUAGUAAGAUCCAGAAAUAGAUGCAUAUUAUCUAGGACACUAUUCUCCAAUGGUAUGUACAUAACUUUCUUACCUAUUUGGCAUUUUUAAAGCAGAAAUCACAAGUACACCAACUUGAACAAAAUAUGUGCAUCAAAAGAUAAGCACUGUACAAAAUGUUUCAGAUGUAUAAAAAUGCAGUUACUGUACCUUUCUUAGUAAUAGCCAGCUACAGACUUUGGGAAACACUUGCUGUAGGUGUUCAGUAUUCGUGGCAUGUUCAUUGUAUAGUUUUGAAGAUGUGUUUGGGAGUGGGGGGAGGUGGGAGAGAAGAAAAUUAAACCUGCUGACAUUUAUUUAUUUGAACCAUGAACAUUUCCUACUUUUCAAAAUGUUUCUUUAAGGAGUAGCUUGUUAUCAUAAUUUAAGCUCUUAUAAUUUGCUGAAGCAUAAGUGAAGAUGGCCUACAAAUCUGUUUUCAUCAAUGGACGCACUUGGUUUUCCAAUGAUUUCAAGAAUGACUGCACUGGAAGACAGUAUUUCAGGCUUUAGUUCUGCAGUGUUGUUCUGAAGGGUGAUCUUGUCGGAUGCAUUUAUGUUUACCCCCCCUCCCCAUAAACUGUUAAUGCUGUUUAUAUGCAUGCCUGCAUCCUUUUAUGUCAUGGCCCCAAAUCAACAGUUUAUCCACAAUGUCAUCAACUUUGAGCAAGUACUGCAUAUUCUGGAAUGACCAUCAUAUUGCCUAGUCAGCUCUUCAGUGGACUUUCCAUGGCAGCUGGUAGAUUUGACAUACAUUUGAAGAGCAGGCUUAUGUUUACAUUUGUUAUGCGAGCAGGUUUAUUUGAAUGAAUGUGUUUUAUCUAUACAAGAACUUUAAACCCUUUUAAGUGUGACAGUGUUGUAAAAAUGGAUUUGCAUACUUUGCAAAACAGAUAAUAAAAUGCAUUAUAAGAUU